AUGGUUCAAGCUCAUGGCCAAAAGGAGUUGGCCAGGGUUUGUUCCUCCGACGAAACUCCCGAAACAGCCCCGGAAGGUUGGUUUUGCAUUCACGAGAAGUAUAUCUCUAAAUGCCACCUCCGGUUUCCGCUUCCGGAUCUCCUGUUAGACCUUCUUGAUCAUUAUCAACUAGCCCUCUCUCAACUCUGUCCCUCGGUGAUCCGAGUGAUAAAUGGUUUCAUUACCAGAGCUAAGGAGGAAGGAGUCGCCAUUGGACUGACCGAACUGAUGAGCCUCUACACGAUCAAGGAGAGCUCUAGCAAGGACGGUGGCAGUGGUACCUACUAUCUUCCUUGCCGUCCUAGGCUUGGACUUUUUAAAUCCUCCGGUAGUGAUGAUGACUGGAGGAAAAAAUACUUUUAUGUCAAGAUUGAUCCCUCCACAGUCCCAUUGGGUCGUGCUCUCUCGGUUAUUUGGUCCGAUAUAUCUGAUAUCGAGGAUCCUCAUAAGCUUUCUGAUAAGCUGUCUAGAGCUCUCUUUCGGAAGUUAUAUCAGAGUCCCAAUACUUGGGCGUCUUUCACUGUCUCUCGUAUUGGAUCAGCUAGGUUCCCGGAUCGAUACAACGCCAGGUUCCUUGACCCGAUUCCUGCUGAAGAUUUAGAAGGGAUAACUAAAAAGCUUUCCAUUGUUUUAGUUUCUGAAGGUCCUUUCGUGGUAGAUCUUUCGACUGGAGCUAGUACUUCCGAAACCGAGAAGACUCAAGCUCCCAAGAUGAGGCCUUCUUUCCGUUCCCGGAACAAACCCGCUGCAGCUGCCAGUGCUUCGCGAGGCAGCGAUAAGACCCAAGGAGGAGCCUUCCUUAGCUCGCUGAAGGAGGUCCUUGAUGAUGGGUCCUCUGUUCCUGCUAAGGAUGUUAGUCCAGUCGAGCCUAGAGCUCAGGAUAUUGUUCCCUGCGCUGAGGUUCCGACAGUUGAAGCUAACCCUCAAGCUGCUAGAGGCCCUCUCGAGGUCGAACCUCCGAGAAACAAGAGGUCUCGGACCGAUUUGGGAGAUAGACCCGCCAGAUCUUCCUCCUCGUCUUCACGGGGAGGGACCGUGGGUUGGAACUUCUCCCAUUCUAAGCCGGGAUCGAUAUUGGAUGACCCUUGGGGUUUGGCAACCAUCAUGAGGCAUAUGAAGAUGGUGGGGUGCUCCAUGCCUUCAAUUAAUGGUAUGACCAACAAAGAAGAGUACGUUGAUAUAGCUCACCACGUUGAUAUAGCUCACCACGUGAGGUUCGAAGAGACCGUUCAUGGUGCUCCUAGCGCUGGAGACUUAGCUCAGGCUACUGAGUUGUUCAAGACUACCAAGAUGGAGCUCGACCUGGCUCGUGCUCGAGUUUCUGAGCUUGAAGCUGAGGUCGGGAGGCUCGGUUCGAAGGCUGAUACUCAGCAAGGGAAGAUCGAAAGUCAAGCUAUCGAUAUUCGGGUGAAGAAUAGGAAGAUUAAUGAGUUAGAUACUGCUCGCAGGAUAGCUGAGCAUCAGGUUCAAGAGUUGAUCGUCUCAUCUCAGGUUAGCCAACAGAACAAAGAGGCUGAAGUUAAGCUAGCUGUCAGGAAAGGUAAGAAGGAGGUGGCUGAAGCCUACAACAAGAUCCUGAUCUCCGUGAAGGAGAAGUUUGUCAAGAAGAAGGAAGAGACCGAUGCUCUGAUCUAUGCUCAGGAGCUUCAGGCAAACACCGAACUUCUGAAGGACCUAUUGUCUAAGGAAAUUGAGGAUGCUGAAGAGGAGUAUCACCGUUUGAUGGUUUUGAUUCCUGAUGCUGGUGCUGCAUGUGAGAAGGCUCAAGUUUCUGAUUUCUCAGUCAGCAAGCUCCCCAUUCCUCAAUUCUCCGAGAGCUCAGGUACUUUCGAGAUCAAUAUGUUUAAUCCGACGUUUCCUGUGGAAUAUGGUUCUAACUUGGGUUCGGUAUCUCCUGAUUUAGUUCCAGUUGAAACAACCCCGGGAGGUGUCGAGCAGGAUGUUGAAGUAGAGGUUCCUGUCAAGGGGAAUGACCCUAUCGAGGAGGAUAAGGAUGAUGAAGCUGAUCCUGGAUCCAAAGAAGGUUAA